UCAGAGUGCUGUGACUUGAUCACAGACUUCUAUCUUCACACCUGUUAGUUUCUCACCGCUCAGCUUGCUUCUUUACUUGAUGUAGAAGUUGGGGUUUCCCUUUAUAUGUUUCGUCUUCAAACAUCGUAGGGCGGACGCAUAGAAAAGUUUCUGGAUUAGGGCAGAAUUAACACAAAGCGGCGACGCCACUCCAGCUACACUCGCAAAACAACGCAGAAGAGGCACGAGGGGGACCAAGACACUCUUCAAAAACUUCGAAACACACCGAUCGCGAGGAAAGGCAGAACGAGUCCAUCCCAGAGAGUGAGAGUGAGAGAGAGAGAGACGGCAGCAGAGAGGCAGGGGAUCUUUGCCGACAAGGUCCUGAAGGAUGGAAGCAAAGCAGUUUGCCGGGAUCGUGAAUGGAGCAGUUCCAGGUGAGCCGGUGAAGAAGGAUGAAAACUCCCGGAGAGGGAACUGGGGGAACCAGAUUGAGUUUGUCCUCACCAGCGUGGGCUACGCGGUGGGCCUGGGCAACGUCUGGAGGUUUCCCUACCUCUGCUACAGAAAUGGAGGAGGUGCCUUCAUGUUGCCCUACUUCAUCAUGCUGGUGUUCUGUGGAAUCCCUCUCUUCUUCCUGGAGCUGUCCUUUGGUCAGUUUGCCAGCCAGGGGUGUCUGGGAGUAUGGAAGAUCAGCCCCGUGUUCAAAGGUGUGGGCUAUGGCAUGAUGGUGGUUUCCACCUACAUUGGGAUCUAUUACAACGUGGUCAUUUGUAUAUCCUUCUACUACUUUUUCCAGUCAAUGACAUACUUGUUGCCAUGGACCUACUGUAACAAUCCCUGGAACACACCGGACUGCAGUGGCGUGUUUAGCAGCAACAUCACCAGGAACAUCACCAGGCUGGCUAACGUUAGCACCAGCCUGGUGGAAGGGGUGACCGAGGUAGUCAACCGCACCAAGAGGACCAGCCCCAGUGAGGAAUACUGGAAGCACUAUGUGUUGAACAUCUCUGAUGGUAUUGGGAACUUUGGAGAGGUUCGUCUCCCUAUUCUCGGCUGUCUGGCUUUGUCCUGGUUUGUCGUCUUUCUCUGUCUCAUCAGGGGCGUCAAAUCCUCUGGAAAGGUGGUGUACUUCACAGCCACAUUCCCCUACGUUGUUUUAACCAUCCUGUUCAUCCGUGGCAUCACCUUGGAGGGAGCCGUCAACGGCAUCAAGUACUACCUGACUCCACAGUGGCAUAAGGUCCUUGAUGCAAAGGUGUGGGGAGAUGCGGCGUCACAGAUCUUCUACUCUCUGGGCUGUGCAUGGGGCGGUCUCAUUACCAUGGCUUCCUAUAACAAGUUCCACAACAACUGCUUCAGAGACAGCAUCAUCAUCAGCAUUACUAACUGUGCGACCAGCGUGUAUGCCGGCUUUGUCAUUUUCUCCAUCCUGGGCUUCAUGGCACACAACCUGAACGUCCCUGUGUCCGAGGUGGCAGACCACGGCCCGGGCCUGGCCUUUGUUGCCUACCCAGAAGCCCUCACUCUGCUCCCCAUCUCCCCUCUCUGGUCACUGCUCUUCUUUUUCAUGCUCAUCCUUCUGGGACUGGGGACUCAGUUCUGUCUGUUGGAGACUCUGGUGACGGCCGUCGUCGAUGAGAUCGGAACAGACUGGAUCAUCAGGAACAAGACCGUCGUCACGCUGUCGGUGGCCGUCAUUGGAUUCUUACUUGGAGUGCCACUCACAACACGGGCAGGAAUCUAUUGGUUGCUACUGAUGGACAACUACGCUGCUAGUUUCUCUCUUGUCAUCAUCUCCUGCAUCAUGUGCGUCUGCGUCAUGUAUGUUUACGGCCAUAAGCAAUACUUCAAAGACGUUGAGAUGAUGCUGGGCUUCCCUCCUCCUCUCUUCUUUAAAGUCUGCUGGAGAUUCAUCUCCCCUGUCAUCAUCUCUUGCAUCAUGGUCUUCACAGUGAUCCAGUACAAGCCCAUCACCUACAAUGAUUACGUGUUUCCCACCUGGUCUCUGUAUAUCGGCUUCUGCAUGGCCAUGUCCUCGGUGCUUUGCAUACCCAUUUAUGCCCUCUACAAGAUCUCAAGGUCCCCAGGAGCCACCUUCAGAGAGCGGUUGAAGUUCUCUUGCCGGCCACAUCCAAAGUGGGGCCCUGCACUGAGGGAGCACCGGACAGGCCGCUACGCCCCCCUGGCCUCCGAAGAAACUGUGGAGGCUCGCCCCCUCAAGGAUAAGGAGGAGCUGAAUGAGGAGCCGAAGGAAGAGGCGAAGGAGGAGGAGACGGAGAGGAAGGAUGAUAUCAGCCUCACCAUCCAGGGAAGCAACGGCUCCACCAACACAACGCACAACAGCCCCAACCCCAGCGCAUAGACGGCCCCCGUUCUGUCAGCGCUAUCCAGGGCAGCGCCCCGCCAGUGCUCCACCAUCUCUUCCUUCUCCUCCAUCCUCACCCCACUUUCCCACAGUCCUCUGUGGGGGAGAUCCCAUUUGCUGGAGACCUUUACAUAUUGUAAGGGCUUAUUAUAUCUAUCCUAACCUCUUCUAUCCAUCUGUGUGUUGUCUCUAGAAAAAACGAAGAAGAACAAAAAAGACGAAAGGAAGAAAAUGGGGUCAUCAUCCAAAAGAGUGUGUAUGUUAGUGAGUGUGUGGGUUGUUAAUUUGUUACGCAUAAUUUAAUAAUGCAGUUUGUUUUUCCUUUCACUUUUUUUGGUAAAACGUGUACAUCUUCAUAUGCAGUUAGAGGUACAGUACAAUUAUGACGCUGUUGGUUUUGUGCAUGCAGCAACAUAGAGACACACACUGUUCUCCUUUAUUCUGUUAGCCUUGUCUGUUUAGGAACUGGUGACUUUCUAGCAGCAGUGUUUUGACAGCUGGAGACUUGAAAUGUGAUACACAGUGGUGCUGUAAUAAAGAGAAGCAGGGUGAACCGUGCCUGAACUGGCCAUUUGCAGUUUGAUAAUGCGGUAAGAUGGGCAUCGGUCAGGAAAAGACGUGCAUACAUUCGUUCAUACCAGUACAUUCACACUAUUGUACAUUUUACAGCACACAGUGACCUCAACCAUAGUUGAUCUCAGCUUAAGACUAAACAUGUUAUUUUAUGCUGCUGCUUCUUCAAAAAGUUCUUACAGAGCACACAUAUUUAACACCUGAGAUGGCGACUUACACUGAUUUUCUGUGGAAAUGUCCUCCAUUUGUAACUUCUUUUUCCACUAAAGCUGCUUAAACUUUGUAAACUCAGCAGAGGAAUAUCAGUUAACAGUGCUGUAUUCUCUGCCUCUGCAUUCACACACACACACACACACACACACACACGUUGUGGUUUCUUGUUGUUCCUUGCCCGUGGAAACCUUGUCUCCACUAAGGUGGCCUGUUAAAUGUAUGUGGACCGAAACCACUUGUCCCCGCUGUCUAAAAUCACCUAUACAUACACAUGAAACGUACAGAUGCAACUCUGUUCAUAGGAGAGCCAUCUCUCCUUAAGUCUUCCAGGCAUUAUUUUUGAGUGAAAUGCAUCUUGGGAUGUGAAGGAGGUACCGGGCUAGAGGACGUAGCUAGGUGUGUCGUAGUCUGUGUCUCCCAUAGGUCAUAACAAUCUGCCCCAUUAAGGCAUGUUACCAAAAACAUUACCUGAGUUACCUGCACAUGUUUUUGGCAACAUUAUAUACUGUAUAUCGCAGAAAUGCUGGUAUGGUGUCAGUCUUUUACAGUCAGUGGAACCUUUAAUGUAUUUACAGGUAUUUCUUUUCAAUCUCUGAAUCAAGCUGUGACUGGUUGAGAGACAAAAAACGGAGAGAGAUGUAGCUUUUUUCCAGAAGAAUACAGAAUAAAAAAUCUUAAAUGAAUGAUGUAGAUUUAAAUGUAGCUGUAUAGUAUCGUUCUCUCAGUAAAAAUCUCCUUUUUACCUCUCAUUAUUGUAAAGUAACUUAGUAAAUAAUUAUAAAGACAGCAUAUGUUUAUUUUGUACAAAAAACAUGUAAAACUACAGAAUCAUAAUUAACCGUGUUUACCAUUCCUCAUCUGUGACUUGAUUCAUUGUGGUUUUGUUGUGGAGGGACAGAGAGGGGGUCUCUAUAGCAUGCUCAAUUGGAUUGGUUUUGUAGUAGUGUGGUCGUAGAGGUUUCUGGCAGUCUAAAUACAGAACAAAUACGUGAGUUGUGUUUUUUGUCAUCUCGACAGCUGUGUGAAGAUCAUACGUUCCUUUGUCUUUUAGCUUUCCAGGCAGGGAGGAUUGUUUUGGAUUGCAUCAGGUCUGGCUGUAAUGUUCCUUCACGUCUGGAGAACUACGGGGCUACAAUAACAGUAUUCGCAUGUGUGUCAUAAAACACAAAUUGUAUGUUGUAAACAACAUAUUUAUGGAUAGAGAGACUUAAAGGAGUAUAAUACUAUUUGUAAAUGUAUUGCUGAGAGUUAGCUGAGAAGAUUGAGAUACUACUUGCAUGUGUCUAUAGUAAAGAUGAAGCUUCAGACAGCACCUGGCUAGCUUAGCUUAGCAUAACGACUAAAGAAUUUAUGCCAAGCUGAGCAGAUGUUAGCUCCAACUUCAUAUUUCAGAGUGGUAUUCAUUUAUUUUCCAAUUCUAAGAAGGAAAGAAAAAAAGCAUAUUUCCCAUGAAUAAUGUCUGUAUGUUGAUGCUUAUUAGUCAUUUCAACAAUUUUCAGAAAUAAUGAUGCACCACUUCAGAUUAUAUCCGCACAUUCUUUGUUUUCUUUGACCACUAUUCCCCACAAUGAUUUACUUAGAAGUUUUGUUUACAUGACAGUGCACUCCCUGCUGUGAUCCACAAGAUGGGGUGAUGCUGACACUCAGGGUAGUACGCACAACAGAGGUGGAACUGUGAACUAAAAAUCAACACCAGAAAGUAUUACAUAUUAAGGAAGCGACGAAGGGUGGUCAAUGCUAAGCACAGUAGUUCAAAUAAAUCAUGAUAAGCACAGUGAGCUUCUGAAAAAGCACACAUUUCUACACAAGUUUUGAACAGCUUUGUUAAGAGAAACAUACAGUGCAAUGACUGUUUCCAUAUAUGGAGAAUUGUAUCCUUGGUUGGUAGUUAGUUGUCUUUUUUUACAUUCUGGUGCUCUAUCAAACAAUACAUUCACCACCUACUUAUUUAAAGAUAUUGCGUUGCUUACUCCAAGUCAAAAUUCCAAUCUUAGGAGUGCUGCACUUUCUAGAUGAGGUUUUGUUUGCUGAAAAGGUCAAUACGAAGUUAUUAUUCUCAGUGCAUAUUGGGACAGCUUGCAGACCAUUUCCUGUUUUUAAGGUUGCCUGUCUCGUGUUCAUGCUGUAGUAGGUGAGGCUUAGCCACCAUGUUUCCAUGCUAUCGCUCUACAUACCCCUUACCAUUACUCCGCUGCCCCCCACAACUCUUCCUCCCUUUGUACAGUAAUGUAAAAAAUAUAUAAUCGGACUGUGUAUGUGUGUGUUCAUCUUUGCUUUUAUUUCGAGGGGGGGUAAGUUUGUUUUUGCGGGUUCGGGGAGGGCGGGUAAUGUUUCAUUUUGUUUUAUGAUUUGUCAUUUUUCUUGUAGUGUAAUGUAGAAGACGUCAGGUGUAUUGUGUACUCUGUGUGUAGUGGAUUUGCUCGUACUGCUGAGCCUGCAUGUAGAGCAGGAGUAGUGUAAGUGUUGAUGUCGAUGUACCUCUAACCCAUCAGAACUAGCCAAGUCUUAUUCUGCUAAUAAUAUAGUCUAUCUUUUAAGAAAAAAAAUUGUUGUACUAAAAGAAGAGAAAGAAAACUACAUAUUUUAUCUUCAGAUUUUAAUAAUUGUUUAUCCAAUGUUAAAUGUCACUACUUUUUUUGUUGUUUUUGAAGUAUUCAUUGAAACGUUAAGAUAAAGCCAGCUAAUAUUAAAAAAGCAUUUCCAAACAAAAUCUUUGGAUCGAAACUUGAACUACGAAAGAAUGGUUCGUUUUUAAGGUGAGCUCUGGUGUAGAUGGCGGCUGCAGCUACAUGACGAUGCUUUUUUUAAAAGAACAAUAUCACAGGAACUACAUUUUACACAGUGCAGUGCCAACAGUCGUACAUUACGGUUUAAUAUUCAGUGGCCCUUAACUGAACUUUUUUUUGUCUAGCUGUUACAAUAUUUUUAAAUAUUAGCAAAAUCAAAACACCAAAAUUACUCAGCCUCUAACAUUGAUUUAGCAUCAGGACCCAUUAACUCACAUUUUCAUUCUUGUGCAGCUCUGAAUUAUAAUAUCAGGACAUCAUUUUGUUUUAUGUGGACAUUUUAGACAAUUGUGUGCCAUCAGACAAAGGUAUAGUGACUAUUAUAUUUUGACCAACUACGUCCUACAGGACACUUACAAAAAAAAGAUCAACACAAUUGAAAAUAGUUCAUAACUGACCCAUGUCUUCAGAUACUAAUAUGCUAUUGCCUAUUGUCAUCUUACACUGAAGUGGUCAUGAAGAAAGUCACUGAUGUUGAAGAACUACGUGAAGCAUUUGACCAUUUUUAUACACAAAUUCACUGCACAAGUGUUCUACUGUACUAAAGAACUGUGACUUCACCUUGUUUCUGUGGUUCUAUGUAAAUUACAGAACAUUACCUCUUGAAUUUCUUACUACUGCUCACAUAAACAUACCAUUAUGUUUCAGCACUUUAAAGAAGUCAUUCGUCUAAGCAACAGGAAAAAACAUAAUUAGAAUAAUCAUUUGAAAAAAAGAAACCAAGUUGGGUAAAUAAUGUCUUACUUUCAGUGGUCUGUUUGAAAUAAACUGUGCUGGUGUCAGUGGACAAAUGCUGUGUUGUCGCUAUGCCAAUGUACAUUGUUUCAUGGGAGGAGUGGAGAGAAAAAGCGAGAAUAGAGAACACAGUCCUUCUGGUAUCCUCUAUCAUAUAUAUCUGUCAAUCUAACGAUGUCUGUUCUUCAACCUUUAGGGCCAAAAUCCAUUGAAAUGUCUUAGUCCUGUCAGCUGUAUAUCGUAAACUGUUGAAUUACAAAAUGCUAAAUAAAAUCUAUUUUAAAGAUCA